AGUGAAUGAUGAGGAGAGGGAGUGAAGAGAAGCAAACAGAGGUGGAGGAGGUAGAGAAGAGAGAGGGAAGCCGCGUGGAGGUGCGCUGAGUGGAGGUUGAGAGAGCAACGGAGGCUGCCCUCGGCUGCCGUAGGAGGAGACCAUCGUCUCGCGGGGUUCUCCGCCGUAGUGGGAGAGGUCGAACCCGUCCACGAUGGAGCCGAAGGUCCGACCGUCAGGACGAGCCAUACAGUUGCGAUUCAACCUCGACCCCGGAAUGACGGCUCGGAGUUUGGUGACGCACUUCUCAAACCCGCGUCCCAUUGUCAUUGAGAAGCUGGGCACAAGCUGUGGCAUCGAGCCACCCAGCACUGGCGACGGUGACGACUCAGCGCUGUCCCAGUCGGGACGCUUCUCGGUUCUGUCUGCCGAUCGCCUCUCUCUCGCAGUGCAGCUCGCACGCAGGGACCUCAAGAGGCGCCGCGCUGCCCAGAAAAUGCAGGGAAUGACCUCUGGCGAUCUCUCGUUGGGGAGUCCGAUUGCCGGGGAAGAGGCUGCUGUCUCGCACGCCCCCGGGGGGAAUGCUGGGAGGGAACAGCGGCGCUCCCAGCUCCCAGCGGGGACGGUGACGGCGUCGGGGGCCGUGGUUUAUGUUUAUCCCCCUGGGCGCAAAGCACAGCCAGCGCCGGGGGUCAGGGGAGGGCGCGAACCCAGGUGUUCCAACUCGCCCCCAACGCGCGACCCCGGACCGACUCCACCAUCGCAGCAUGGGAAGGGGGCGGCCGAGAUCCGCAGGCUGCGAAAGGAGCUCGGCCACUAUAUCAGCCGAGUGGAGGAGCUGGCCAGCCAAGGGAAGGGAGUCGAAGAGCACCUGGAGGUGGAGGAGAAGAGGAGGGCGCACACGAGGAGACAGGAGCAGGCGGCACGCACGGCCCGCGUCCUCUACAUGCUCCAGCAGCAGAUCAGGGAAAUAGAGGAGGAGCUGGACAAGAUGGGACCAAACAAGAGCAAGCACACCAACAAGAGUCGUGCUGAGGCGCGACUGGCGGCAGCGCAUCGGGGCGCCGUGCGGGCGCUGCAGAUGCUGGCGUCGCAGCUAUCGCAGCCGGCGUCGCGGGUUCCCCCACACGCAGAGGAGUUGAGCCGCCUUGUGCGACAGCUGUCGCUGUGCUCGGCGCGCCUCGGUGGCGGGGACGACGUGGCGCACAUCCUGCAGCAGCUGGAGGAUUUAAAAAGACUGCUGAAAGAGCAGAAGAGCCCAGCAAGGCAGAGGGAGAGCAGCCCUGUCCGGCAUGGAGAGGGCAGCCCUGUCCGACAUGGAGAGGGCAGCCGUAUCCGGCGUGGAGAGGGCAGCCCUGUCCGGCGUGGAGAGGGCAACAGAGGGGGGAGACGCGUCUCGCCGGGAAAGAGGAGCUGGAGCCCCCCCAUGCGACACUCGUACCCCGUCGCCAGGCAGCUGCAGUUCAAGGACAGGGGCGAGGUGAGGGCAGGACGGGCGAGGGCCAGCAGUGGUGGGCGUGUGGACGAGGAGGAGAGGAGGCGCAUGCUGCGAUCAGGCCUUCAAGCGCUUGUGCACAAGGCCAGGGGCGGCCGCUCCGGGGUGCUGCUGCCUGGCAAGGCCCAGGGCGCGAGUCGAGCGAGGGGCCGCGUGGCGGUGAGGGGCACGCGUUUUCAGCGCGCCACCCUCGCAUCGCACCUCAAGCGGUCUCAGCCUGGGCCUCGUGACCCCAACCUGCCCUGGCUGCCCCCCAACCCCACCUCCCCGUCCAGCAGCCCCAAGCACAGGUCCCCGGUGCGGGGCGGCUCCACCGAGCGCCGGCCCGCGAUGUGGCGUUCGCCUGAGCGCGAGUGCUCCACCCUGCUGCGCAACGUGGUGGAGCAGGAGAGGCUGGAGGCCGCCAGGAAGGAGGCCAUUAGGUUGGCGUGGCUGGACUCAGAGACGGCGCGCCGGAUGAGGGAGCUCAACGAUUUGUGUCAGCAGGAGAUCGAUCACAUCCGCCAGACCAGGCAGGAGGCCGGGUCUCCCUCUCAGUGGGCGACCAAAGCAGAGCAGGCCGUGCGAGAGAAGCUGCAGCCACUGCUUAAGCAGGCGCAGGAGAUCUCCGAUUCGCUGGAGAAGAAAUUUUACGACCAGGAGGAGGGACGUGUGGAUGGCCGAGGCAGGCGGCUGCCCCACGGCCCGGAUGCCCUCCCGGCCGAGAGCCCCCGGCGGGGAGCAGUGGACGAGGCGAGCGGCGUGCACGAGGCUGCGGUGGCCAUGCAGGACGCGCCAAGCGUGGAGACCAUCCUGCAGAGGCUACAGGACAUGGAGAAAGAACAAGAUACAAUCAGGAGAAAAUGGACUUGCAUCACAUAUUCUGGUCCCGAGUUCUGGGCUCAAGAGGAAUGGAAAGCAGAGCAAGAGCAUCCAUCGCGAGACUGCAGACCCGCCACCCCACGGGCACUGUGCAUCAGCCGGCCCUCGGGGCACGAACACGCGGAGGUGGUGGUGCAGCCCCCAGCCAGCCCCACGCAUUCAGAUUCGUCCGAAGAGCGCGAUGGCGCGGACCACACGGCGCUGGCGGAACGCGGUGAGGAGCGCCCUCUACGCGGCACGGGAGGCGGAGGCGCGGGCGUGCCGCUCGCGGUUCCCGCGUCCGCCCUGCUGCGUCUUCGAGACUACGGGGAGCACUUCUCCCACCACCUGAGGAUGACGGGGCACGAGGCCGUGGGCAGCUUCAGCCCUUGGGGCACGGCAUCUGAGCUGGCGGACGCGCUGUUGGAAGAGGCGCUGUGUGAGGUGUCAGAGGAGCUGCUCGGGAUCUGCGAGGGCUACGCCGAGGCCGUCUACGACUCCGAGUUUUUGCAGCCAAGAGAUGCGGCCUCCGCCCAGCCGUGCAUCGCGUGAUGUCCCUGCUCGGGGAGACGUGAGACGCAGCCUGUGGAGGAGACAAUGGCGCCGUAAAUCUUUACGCAGUCCACUUUUGUUGCUAUUAAUGGAAAAAUCACUCGCUAUGCCAUGCUGUGUGUAAAUUAUUCUUGAGUGUUUUUUUUUUAUAAAAGGGGAGUUCCUAUCCCAUGUGUAGUGGGUUCAACUGAGUCGCAGACAUACUUUUUGGAGGCAACAAAUUAUUUAUUAACACCAACACCAAGCACAAAGGGGUUAUUGCCCCUUUACCAGAUAACCUAUGGUGGUGGACCACCAGGCUAACUACGCUAGUUACUGGGAGUAGCUACAAUGGACAGGACCCUGACUUGGGUCCUCGUCCACGUGUUGGUGACUUCUUCUCUUGGACGUAGAACGUAGAUCUUCAGAUGAUAACAGUAACGCAGAGCCCUGGUCCCUGUGGGGAGCCCGGUUUAUAUGCUCCCGGGUCGUGGCUGGCCCCGCUCUUGGCCACCUUCGAGGACCCUCUUGUCGAUUCUCGACCCUUCCCGUAGGAUCUCACCCUGACACGUGACCACCCCCUAGCCCCCGCCUGGGGCCACUGUGUAGAUCUUACUGGUCACGUGCCUUCCAGGGUCAACCAGAGUGCCAUGGCCCAGGGUAACCUCACCCCAUGGCUGACACUCUCACACUCCUUCAUGUAGGAGUCAGCACUGCACGCCACGCGUGGUGCCACUG